AUGUUGUUGCUGCUAGAGAGGAAUGAAAAAGUGGAUCGAUCGUGUGGUAUUUGUAAAAUAGAAAAGCCGGAAAGCAGGAAAGGAAGCAUUACUCUCCUCCCCGAUGAUUCUCAGAAACAUCCGACAGUCAUCUGUCAAUAUCGCAUUUUC